UAGUUGAAGGUCGACUUUUUGAUCCCUACAUUUUCGAUUUACUUUAUUUAAUUAAAAGUGUGUGACGUGCCCAUUUAAUUUAGUUUAAACUUUAGAUAAAACAAAACCUACUCUUUAAUUAGUGAUAAGAUAAUCCGGUGUUACCACAAGGGUAACUAACGCGACACACAAACUUAGACAAAAUUGACCUCAAUUGCCGUUAUUGAGGUUAUGUGGGGUGGACAUUGAAAAAAACAUUUUUCUGUUUUACUUUUACAUAAAAAAAAACGAAAAUAAUGAAGCUUAACAUAGCAUUUUUGCUGUGUUGUGCUUUAGCCAUAUUCGCCGUUUCUUCAGUAGCAGCUUCAUCAUUUGAAGAUAAUGACUUUGCUGAAUUUGAAGAUUUCGACAGCGAUGAUGAUUUUGUUGAGGUUCCAGUUGGUGGAGCAGGUGCGCCUGUAGGCUCCAAUUCAAAGGAGGUGCCUGCGGCUUCCAAAGAAAAGGAACAAGUAAAGAUUGUGCAAAUGCAGGAUGAUGAGGAGGAUGGCAUAGUCGAGGAUGAAGAUGAGUUCUUCAAGGACGAUGAAGAAUUUGAGGGGUUUGAUGGUGGUGACAGUAAAGAGGAGACGGUGGGCAAAAAGGCCCCCGAACCAAAGUUGACAGUUGCCAAAAUUCCCAUGCAUUUUAGAACCCAUUGGGAUUCCUAUUGGAUGGAAAUGCUUAUGCUGGCCGGUCUUUUGGUCUAUUUUACAAACUUCUUCGCCGGCAAAGCUAAAAAUGCCAAAUUAGCCCAAUUAUGGUAUACAACCCAUAAAGGUCUUUUAGACGACAAUUUUGUUUUAGUGGGCGAUGACGGCAAAGUGGACAAUGAAAAUCCCGGCCUUAUGAAAGAAAGUGAAAGUCUUUAUACACUGUGGUGUUCUGGCCGUACAUGCUGCGAGGGCAUGCUAGUUGAAUUAAAGAUGAUAAAACGUCAAGACCUGGUGUCUUUGGUUGCGGGUUUAAUGCGGCCCCAACAAGAUCAAUUGCACAUUAAAGUUGACCUGACGCGUGGUGUAAUGGAUCCGUUUGUAUUCUGUGUUGGCACUAAAAAGACUAUAACAAAAGCUUUCAAGGAGUAUGCCGAUUUGAGCAAAUAUUGUACUCUAGUCAGUAAACCAGAGACACGCUAUAAUGUACCCUCUGGUUUUAAUGUACUUUCGGAAAUCCCCGAAGCCACCUCUGCCAUUUUGGAGAACCGUAUUAUAACGGCUCUCAGUAGAUACCAACAAUUUAUAGACUAUAUUCAUAUCUCGGAUCAAUACAGUGGUCCCAUACAACAAGAAGAUGCCAAUAAUUUGAAACAACCUGAAACUAAACCAGUACUUAUGGCUGGCUUUAAUCUACCCAAGCAUGGAGACAUGGAAGCUGUUAAACCGUUGUUGAUACUCAUAUUUUAUUUAAUGGAACGUCUUAAAGUAUACCGUUUAUCCAAGGAGGGCCAACAAAAGGCUGAAAAGAAUCGUAGCCGCGUCGAAGAGGAAUUCCUGAAGAGCACCCAUGCUGCCAGAGCUGAGGCAGCUGCCCAACGCCGCGAAGAUAAGCGUAAACAGGAAAAGGAACGCAUUAUGGCUGAGGAUGAUCCAGAGAAACAACGCCGCUGGGAGGCCAAAGAGCAAAAGCGUCAAGCCAAAAAGAAACCGAAAAUGAAGCGUUUGGCAGUCAAGGCCCUCUAAGUUUUAAUUCUUUUAUGCUUAGAAAAAAUUCUCUUCCCACCAUCUUUUGUUUAUGUAGAUUUUUUAUUUACACUCAUCCCAUUUCGAAUGACUAUAUAAUGCCAUGUUUCUUUUUAUUCAUGAUCAAAGGCUAGGUUUUCAGAUUUAAUGUCAAACUUAAUUUAAUUUUAAUUACAUAGUGUGGGAUAUUGAGACGAAAGAGAAAACUAAACAAAUUUAUUUAUUAUAUAUAAAAUUUAGUAAAGAUUUAAA